AUGAACAGCAGCGAAAACUCUGAUAGUGAACUUUUUGCAGAUUCUGAAAGCGAAGCAUUAACAACUUCAUCAUCAUCUCUAACAGAUACAUCACCAACUAGUCAUUCUUGUCACUCUCCAAAAGAUAUUCAUUAUACAUCAUCAUCAUCUUCCUCUAAUAUUCCGCGGAACUCAUCAAACAACAGUAGCAAAAAUAACAACAAUAAUAUGUCAUCGUCACAGAAUAGUCGAUAUGGAAGUCGUCCGAAGGGAAGCAAUAUAGAUCUUAAAGGAUUUCUCAAUCUUAGUAAAAAAGAGUAUUUCAAAUUGAGGAAAGUAGCUCAAGAUGCUAUGAAAUCACGUUUCAAUUUCGACAUGACGUUUAGUCAACAAGAUCCAGAAAAGAAAAUGGCUGUUUUCGAGGCGAUUUAUUUGGAAUAUUCACAUUAUAGGUCAUGUGUAAAUAAUUGGAUUGCUCGUGAAGUUUCAAGGAGUGUGUUUUUCGCGCAUCAACAAGUUAUACGAAACAGAAAUAAGGCAUUUUCUCAGCUACUCUUGGAAGAUAAUGAUACACGUGAUAGCUAUUCGCUGAACAAGAGACCACAUCAAAUAUACACGGAUACUUCGGACGAAGAUCCUACAAGCCAAUCUUCACAGAGUACACCUUAUAAGUCAAAGAAAAAUAAAUCAAGCCAUAAAACAACAAAAUCCACACAAUUCAAUUCUCAGGCAUCGUCAACAUACACAAGUCAAACGCCCACUUCAAAUCUUAAUCAUAAUCAGCAGACUUUAUUAGAUCGUAUACCCGAACCUGGAACAAUCGUUGAAGGGAUUGAUUCUAACGGCGACGAAUAUUCCGAAUGCAUCAUGAAUCAAGAGAUCCGUGUAAUCACUCGUUCGAUAGUCUUACGAAUAAACAAGAGAACCGGUGAACAACAGCAAUUCGAACGAGAGUCCGAGCAAAUAAUGACGAAAAGUUAA